AAACACAUUGGCCACUGAAACCCUAGAAUACACACAGAGAUUUGAUUUGAAUUGAGCUCUACCUCCAUUUUUAAUUCACUCCCAAUUUGGAGCGCUCUUCCAUACAGAGGGAUUCUGGGUUUUAUUGAAUUUGGAAGUGUGGGAAGUUUGGUUGAGUUGGGUUUUCUAUUUGUGAAUGAGAGAUUUGAUUAGAAGAAGAAGAAGGAGAUGAAAGUUGAACAACAAUUUGUGGAUUUGAAGAUACAAUGACUGGAGGGUCAUUAGGUCUACGUACUGGAAGCUAUGGAUCACUACAACUACAGCAGGCACAGAAUGGUUUUCCACCUAAUCUGCAGCCAAGCCCUCUUCCCAUUACGCGAAAGCCUUCCAAGUUGUUACUUGCAAGUAGGGAGAAGGAAAGAGUGCUGCCGUGUAUCUGGAGAGUUUUGGGCCGAAAGAAGGUCAUAAUGCUUCUUUUGGUUGUGCUUGGUCUUUUGGUUUUCGUAUCCAAUUCCUUCAAUGUAAAUAAAGGAAUGGGAGAUAAACAUGACAUUAAAAUUACUUCUACACAGAAUUCCAUGAAAGGAAAAGAUGCAGAUAGAGCCUUACUUUCUCCUCCUCCUCCUCCCCAUCUCCAUACUGAGUCAUUUACUGUUGUUCAUGGAAAUACCCUCUGUUGGCCAUCUAUGUAA